CGUAAGGAAGUGAGUACUCAUUCAGUUCGUAAAAGCGACAGGUGAGCCCGCAUUAUUCUCUGUCGCAAGAAGGGUUCCAGACAUCUGGGAUGGAUUUGUUUAAUUUGAGGUCGCUUGUCAUUUUGCUGUCAGCUGUUGGAUGCUGCAACGGGCAGAGCGUACUGCCAGCCGGGCCGUUGGAGGGAGUACUGGGAAAGAACGUCACGUUCAAAACCAUUAUCAUCCCCACAGAUGUUGGCAACUUUAUCACAGUAUCUUGGAAUUUCAACGGUGGUAGUGGACUUGUACCUGUUGUCACUUCUGCGCCCAAAGGAGAGACAGUUGGCGCUGGUUACGCAGGAAGAGUAUCACUGAAUUCAUCCACCGGCGUAUUAAAUCUGGCAUCCUUGACGGCGAAGGAUGGCGGAGACUAUGCAGUGACUAUGGUCACUAGUACUGCAGUACAGCGCACAGGUGCAACGUUGCUCAAAGUUCUAGAACCGGUCUCCGCCGUGACCAUCACGUCCAACCUGAACGAAGCGGUCGAGUUCAACAGCACUGUGGUCUUGACCUGUUCGGCCAAAGGCUCCUUCCUCACGUACAAGUGGCUCAACGGCACCACCCCGCUGGUCACCGACGGGAAGCAUGUGACCUUGAGUGCAAACUCCACAGUGCUGACCGUGGCUGGAGUGUUCAGGAAGGAUCUGGUCGGACCCAUCUACUGCACGGCCUUCAACAAUCUAGAGAGUGACAACAGUGCCCCCUUCAACCUCACUGUCACCUAUGGGCCAGAAAACAUCGCCAUGACAGUCACCCCCACCGCUGAGAUCCAAAAGAAGGGUUCCAACAUUACAUUGACCUGCUCAGCCCAGUCUAGCCCUGCGGCUGUGCUUCAGUGGAUCCACAAUGGAGUCCCGCUCAGUGUGGUGGGCCCCAAGCUGGUACUGGACAACGUUGCCGUGGCACAGAGUGGAAACUACUCCUGCAUGGCCAGCAACGCCAAAACCUUGCGAUACCUGGCAUCCACAACAGCCAAGUUCACUGUAGUAGAGGCCAUAUCCGGCGCUAAGAUCACAGGCCCCAAUGGAACGCUUGUUGCAGGUAACAGCACGGCCAACCUGAGCUGCCAGGCAACCACCGGCACCGCCGACGCCCGAGUGUGGCUGAAGAAUGGCGCGGCACUGUCUCCUAGCAACAGGGUUGUGGUCUCUGCAGACAAGAGCUCGAUCACGAUCAAGCCAGUGCAGAAGGAGGACAGUGGGGAGUACCAGUGCAAGCUGACCAAUGCUGUGAGCACAGACUCUGCCAGCAUCAAGAUAGUGAUCAGUUUUGGUCCUGAGACUGUGUCCGUGAAGGGGGUAAAUUCCGUAAAGGUGACAGAGCCUGUCAUGCUGAAGUGUGCCGCGGUCUCUCUCCCUGCUGCCACCUACACCUGGAAGUUCAAUGGGACGCUGACCGGCGUGAUGACAGCCGAGUACGGCAUCGAUGCCGCUGUGGCCACGAACAGUGGAAUUUACACCUGUGAAGCCAGCAACGCCGUCACCGGGCUGAGCACCUCCGUUGCCCACAAGCUGUCCGUCAAAGAGGAGGGAGCACCGGAUGAUGGUCUGACUGGCGGGCAGAUCGCUGGGAUCGUCAUCGGUGUGCUUAUCGCCCUGGUGCUCAUCAUCGUAGGAGUCCGCUACAUGAGACGGAAAAAAACACCGAUCGAGUCGCCGUACUAGAAGAGAUCCCCGAGGAAAGCUGGAGCUAUCAGCCCAAAGAAUCAGCCAAUUAUUCCCCUCAAGAUCCAUCGCUGCAGUCUGGAAGACCAAUCAGGUGGAAACCUCCCCCAAGUCGGUCCAGCAAUACAAACGUUUCAUCACAAAGCCCACAUAACCACAGGGGUCACAACAUCCCUCCCUAGGAGCUGGUCAUCUCCUUUGAAAAUGUUGGUGUGUCUGGGACUCUGGGUCCUUGUGCUUGGAUUGGACCGGAAAGCUCCAACGCAUCUAUCCCAUCUAACAUCUAUCUGUCUGUAUGGACUUAUAUUCCUUCACACACCUUCCCUCCUCUCCAUCCAGCCCAUUGGCUAAGGUAAACAGCUUCUAACCACUCCCUGGGAUGCUGAACUCCUUCGCAAAACUGAGGAAUGUCAUCGCUUACAUCAAUUUCUCCACAUAUUCCUUAGGAAAUGAAAUGCAUAGACUUGAGCGAUGGUGGUGCCCUUUCCGUAACGAAUGAUCCUUUCAGCUUUGCGAAACUGGAGGAGGAUUUAGUGGGGGCAAUAUAAUGUAGAAGAUUGUAAGGCUUGAGUCACUUGGUCACUCCUCACUGAUCACAACAUCAAGGCGAAUGGGCAAAUAUUGUCUGAAACUUUCAAACAACUGACGGACACAGGUUCAUAAAUCUGACGUUACCACCUCUGCUUGAUCCCAAGGGUAGCUUUUAAAAAUAAAAAUAAAACUUUUUUUUUUCUUACAUCUGCAAGAUCUGCUCGUAAGAGCUUCAUGUCAAAACAGCAACGACAAGAUCCAACACGCAGCAAAUGUUAGGGUGAGAAAGAAAAGAUAAGAAUGUUUUUGUGGGCAAAGACAUUCUUUAGUUUUGGAGGGAAAAUGUGUGUGAGUCAGGGCUGUGCUAAUGAGUUUCGUUAUUUGUUGUAUCCCACUUUUCAAAUGGAUCCAUCGUUGAAAUUUGAAUAUUGUUUGUAUUAUUUUGGCUUUUGUAGUAUAAUACAAAAAAAUACAAAAAGUAUGUUUUUAGGACCAUAAAUGAACAACUGCCAUUUUAUGUUAACUGUAACACAACCCCUUUUACCUACUUCUUAGCUUUGUGAAAAAUGACCUCCUUGUUUUUAGUCACUAGUAUUUAUUUUUUUGUAACCUUAGUUGAAUUGAUUGAGCUGACGGUGUGUGUUUUUUUUUAAAUCCAAUAAAUGAUAAUGAGUAGUUUGACAGCACACACAGUUGUGUGUGACGCCCAGUCACACACACCUUCAGUUAGAACACACAGUACUAUGGGGGGAGUUCAUUAUCUGUUGUGUUUUCUCCCACACAUUAAAGUCAAUGGGGGGGGGGGGUUAAGUCUUGAAGUCUUGAAGAUGACCAGGGAGAAAUCUACAACUUUACCUGAACAGUUUCUUUUUACUGUUAAAAGGGAUAGACCAGCUCAAAUGACAAAAUGGCACAUCAAUAAACUGCUCGCUUUGUAAAUAUGAUUUACUUCAUGUAAAUGUGAACUGUAAUGAACAUUGCAUUUUUUAGGCUUGACACUCUGUCAUCUAUUUGGGGUUUCUUGUUCAAUCUUAAUUUGAAUAUUUCAAAAUGUCAUACAUUUUCUCAGGUUGUUUACAAUAAUGCGUAUUAUUCUUUAACGACUGAACUGCCUAUAUUCAUGAAUCAUUUUCUCUUUGUAUAGACACACCUCUGAGAUGUUUGUUUUAGUUUUAUUUAUUCUUCUGUUGCUACUGCUAUUUGCUUUUGUUACAGUCUGGUUUAUUUUCAAAAUGAGCUUUACUUCCUGUGUCUAGCUAGCCAACCCCAGUCUCUGUAUAUUUCUCUCUCUCCCCCCCCCCCCCCCCCCUCCUCUCUCUCUCCGUCUCUCUCUCUCCGUCUCUCUCUGUCUCCUAUUUGUUCCUGGGAUUUGGAAUGACACAACAUAAAGGCAGACCAACGGUUCAUUUUUUAAAUCCUCUUUACUGGUGAGAUAACCAAGAGGAUUUGUGUCUCGCUGCAGUUGGUGUGUGUAUGCAAUGGUGUUCUCCUCUCCUGCCCCACCAGUCUCCCUGUUUCUUCACAGGUAUACCUCA